AUGCUAAAUCGCCCACGAUCAAUACCCGACGAGGCUAUCUUCACACCUCUCCCUUCAACAAGCGGACCCGAGUCGUCAAGCCCAUUGGCCAACCACUGCAUCCUCUUCCGUCAACUAGAGUACGAAAUAUUCUCUAUACUCAACUACAAGACUCCAGCAAGUGGUGCUUUCUUCGACUACAAAGGAUGGAAGAUGAACAUGAAGGACCGUCUCAUGGACUGGCAUACCAAUAUCCCACCUGUCGACGCGGGAUCAAAGCUGGCACCUCGGAAUUUCUUUGAUGGCGCUUUAUAUGCGACUCUAGUGUCUCUGAUCUCACCAUCCCGUCACUUUCCCCAUCUGGUGGAAGAGGAGUUAAGAGAUCUUGCGCAAUAUGCUUCUACAAGCAUCGAAUUGUACAGACAAGGGUUCAAAGAUGGACAGUUACGGUUCCACUGGCGAACUACGCCAAACCUGUUCCAGUCCGGCGCCGCUCUCAUUCAUUGUAUCAAGAGCCUCACAGCACAGGGCGCGGUCUUUGACGUGAACACUUUCAAGAGCUGUGUGUCUGUUUGCUCGACGGUGUUGUGGGUAAUGGCUGAGCGAUGGCCUUUAGAGCUGAGUAUCGUGAUCGAUUUGAUGAGAUGUCGGCAUCCAUAUCAGACAUGA